CCCUGUACGGAUUAUUUAGCCGGAAUAAAUAGAGAGAGAAACAGCAGGCCUACGGGGUAAUUAAGUACGGGAUGUCUAUGUAUGAGGAACCCUCGUUAACGGGAAGUUACGAUGUUGUGGGGUCGUUUCCCAAAAGUUUUGGCUACGGGGUGGAGGAGCAAGACAUGGACGAGGAGAGGUCCACACCUGCGGACAAACCGAGGAUCCUGCUGAUGGGACUGAGGCGGAGUGGCAAGUCAUCCAUUCAGAAGGUUGUAUUCCACAAGAUGUCACCCAAUGAGACGCUGUUCCUUGAGAGCACCAACAAAAUCUACAAGGACGACAUCUCCAGCACUUCCUUUGUCAACUUCCAGAUCUGGGACUUUCCUGGCCAGGUGGACUUCUUUGAUCCCACAUUUGACAGCGAGAUGAUCUUCAAGGGAACAGGCGCUUUGAUCUUUGUCAUCGAUGCUCAGGAUGACUACGUCGAGGCGCUCGGGCGCUUACAUCUCACCGUAUCCAAGGCCUACAAAGUGAAUCCAGACAUCAACUUUGAGGUGUUCAUCCAUAAAGUAGACGGUCUGUCAGAUGACCACAAAAUAGAAACACAAAGGGACAUUCAUCAGAGGGCCAAUGAUGAUCUGGCAGAUGCCAGCCUGGAGAAGCUUCACCUCAGCUUCUACCUAACCAGUAUCUACGACCACUCCAUAUUUGAGGCCUUCAGUAAAGUCGUCCAGAAGCUCAUUCCACAGUUACCAACGUUGGAAAAUCUUUUGAACAUUUUCAUAUCUCAUUCUGGGAUCGAGAAAGCCUUUCUGUUUGAUGUUGUUAGCAAGAUUUACAUCGCCACAGACAGCUCUCCUGUGGACAUGCAGUCCUACGAACUCUGCUGUGAUAUGAUCGAUGUUGUCAUUGAUGUCUCCUGCAUUUACGGGCUAGUGGAGGAGGGCAGUGGCUCUGCCUAUGACAAGGAGUCUUUGGCUAUCAUCAAGCUCAACAACACUACAGUGCUUUAUUUGAAAGAGGUUACAAAGUUUCUCGCUCUUGUCUGCAUUCUCAGAGAAGAGAGCUUUGAGAGGAAAGGGUUAAUAGAGUACAACUUUCAUUGUUUUCGAAAAGCCAUCCACGAAGUGUUUGAAGUUGGCACCUCGCCUCAAGACGUCAGCUCGUCCAGUAGAAACAACCUCACAGGCUUAAAGUACGCCGCCCUGAACGGAAAUGCUGUUUAAAGCGCAGAGGAUGGGUGUAAUUCUUUGCUUUACCUGAAGUUCAGCAAGGCAACACAAGAUGGGUGAAUGAUACGAAAGCACAAAGUCUCCUGUCAAACACAUGUUGCCUUACUGUGAGAAUGUGAGGUUAGAGAAGCUGAGCUGCAGCUGAUGAACUAGACUAAACAGGGGGUCCUUCUUUCUGCAUAUUGUCAGCUAUGUUUACCUUCUGGGCCAGUUACUUCUGUGUGCUCUGCAACAUAAAAAUAGUCCUGAAAGAGACUUCUGAUCCAAUUUAAGCCUUAUCAACUCAAGCUCCAGUUGUAUUUCCAUGAACUAAACUACAGGGACGCUAUCAGGGACGCUCAACUUGCUUUGCUUGGGGGCCACUUAAGGGGCCAGUUAAUAACAAGCACUAAUACUAUUCAUCAGAUAAAAUGAAUAAACAUUAAAAGGCCCAUAACUAAUUAUUAACUUAAUUAACUUGACACAAUGCCUGUAUGACAGAUAAAUCAGAUAUUUUCCUGCAUUUAAGUUGCAACUGCAUUUUAAUUGUAAAGGCUUUGGUUAUAUUUAACAGAUUUUAAACAACGUUAAACGUACUAGGGUAAAAACUAACCUGUCUCACGACGUUCUAAAUCCAGCUCACGUUCCCUAUUAGUGGGUGAACAAUCCAACACUUGGUGAAUUCUGCUUCACAAUGAUAGGAGGAGCCGACAUCGAAA